GGCAAGAUAUGAAGUAGAAAUUUAGCCGCAGGUUAUUGCUGCAACUUGUCUCGCAGUCGUGGAUUACUCACCGAAGUCCCGAAAACCUCGGUUUUGCGUCGCACGAUGUUGUGAAACAGCCGAGGGCCUCCUGCGAUAAAGCACUGCGGCUGCUUCCAAGAGUCGGCGCUUGUGUUUUCCCGGAAGGUUGGCAGCGCGAGGCACCAGUGUCAACAGAGAUCGCCCGAAGCAGAAAAAGGUUAUCUGGCUGGCUGACUUGUUAGCUGACAUCACAAGUUUUGGCCAGCGAUGUCUGAAAACGCCCCCACACGAAGCCUGGAUGACAUAGACCUCGCUGCGCUGAGGGACCCAGCAGGAAUCUUUGAGUUGGUUGAAGUCGUAGGCAAUGGGACCUACGGGCAGGUGUACAAGGGCCGUCACGUGAAGACUGGCCAGCUGGCUGCCAUAAAGGUGAUGGACGUUACAGAGGAGGAGGAAGAGGAGAUAAAAGCGGAGAUCAACAUGCUGAAAAAAUACAGCCACCACCGCAACAUAGCCACCUAUUAUGGUGCCUUCGUCAAGAAGAGCCCACCAGGACACGAUGACCAGCUCUGGCUGGUGAUGGAGUUCUGUGGGGCGGGCUCAGUGACAGACUUGGUGAAAAACACGAAGGGCAGCUCUCUGAAGGAGGACUGGAUCGCCUUCAUCUGUAGGGAGAUUCUCAGGGGCCUCUCCCACCUCCACACUCAUAAGGUCAUCCACAGAGACAUCAAGGGCCAGAAUGUGCUCCUUACAGAGAAUGCAGAAGUCAAACUUGUGGAUUUUGGGGUAAGUGCACAGCUGGAUCGAACUGUUGGCCGCAGGAACACUUUCAUAGGCACGCCUUACUGGAUGGCACCAGAGGUCAUCGCAUGUGACGAGAACCCUGACUCAACAUACGACUAUAGGAGCGAUAUCUGGUCCUUGGGUAUCACAGCCAUUGAGAUGGCCGAGGGUGCUCCCCCUCUGUGUGACAUGCACCCUAUGAGAGCCCUUUUCCUCAUCCCCAGGAACCCUCCGCCUAAGCUCAAGUCCAAGAAGUGGUCGAAGAAGUUCAUUGACUUCAUAGAGGGCUGCCUGGUAAAGACAUACCCCAGCCGACCGUCCACAGAACAGCUCCUCAAGCACUCCUUCAUCAGGGACCAGCCCACUGAGCGCCAGGUCCGGAUCCAGCUCAAAGACCACAUUGACCGUACGCGCAAGAAAAGGGGAGAGAAAGAGGAGACAGAAUACGAGUACAGCGGUAGUGAUGAGGAAGAUGAGAAUCGUGGGGAUGAGAGAGAGUCAAGCUCAAUCCUCAACGUGCCUGGUGAGUCCACCUUGAGACGAGACUUCCUGCGUCUGCAGCAGGAGAACAAAGAGCGCUCAGAGGCUCUUAAGAGACAACAGGCCCAGCUGGCUGCUCAGCGGAGGGAUCCUGAGGAACACAAGAGGCAGCUACUACAUGACCGACAGAAACGAAUUGAGGAACAGAAGGAACAGCGCCGCCGCCUUGAGGAGCAACAGAGAAAAGAGCGGGAGAUGGUGAGGCAGCAAGAAAAAGGUCCUCAUCGGAGACUUGACGAUAUGAGGAGAGAGGAGGACAGGAGGCUGGCCGAGAGGGAGCAGGAGUUCAUCAGGCACAAACUAGAAGAAGAGCAGCGGCAGCUCGAGAUCCUUCAGCAGCAGCUGCUUCAGGAGCAGGCACUGCUCAUGGAGUACAAGCGCAAGCAGCUGGAGGAGCAGCGCCAGUCGGAGCGGCUGCAGAGGCAGCUGCAGCAGGAGCAUGCCUACCUGGUGUCUCUGCAACAGCAGCAGCAGCAAGACAAAAAGCCCCAGCUCUACCAUUACAACAAAAACCUCGAGCCCAACAACAAGCCUGCCUGGGCCCGCGAGGUGGAGGAGCGCAGCAAGCUCAACAGACAGGGCUCACCCAAAAUCUGCACCACUGUCUCUGACACUGCCAUCCAAUCACGCUCCGACUGCAUCAGCCAAUCAGGAGCGGCUCAGGCUGCUCAAACCCCUCCAAUGCAGCGGCCUGUUGAACCUCAGGGGGGGCAGGGCAAGUUCCAGAUGGCUCACUUGGUCCCACUGAAGCCUUAUGCUGCCCCUGUCCCUCGAUCUCAGUCCCUCUGUGACCAGCCCACUAAGACCAUGUCCGCCUUCCCCACCCAGGACCCCUCCCUUGCCCCCACACCUCGCCCUAUCCACUCCCGGGAGUUGGUCCGCCAGAACUCUGACCCCACCUCUGAAAACCCAGCGCCACAGGCACACCCAAUGAGGGAGGAGUGCGGCCCCUGGAUCCGCCUCCCAGAUGUGGAGCUGCCACCCAAGAUUCCCCAGAGGACAGCAUCCAUUGCCACUGCUCUCAACACCAACCUUACCUCUGGCAUACGGCAUCCCGUGAGAGCCAGCAACCCAGAUCUCAGCCGCAAUGACCGCUGGGAGAGAGCAGAUAGCAUGAGCAUGGUGUCCAGUCUGCCUCAGACGGGCUCCUUAGAGAGGCACCGCAUCCUCAGUACCUCCAAAAUGGACUCCUCUCCUAUUCUUUCCCAUGAUGGGCGCCACAAACCAGGGGAAUCUCGUACAUCUUCUCGACCAAGUCGCCCCGCUGACCAUGGCCUGUAUGCCAAGGAGCGUGCCGAGGAGCAGCCAAGGCCUCCAGUCAAGGCCAAUGAUUACUCCUCCUCCUCGGACAGCAGCGAGAGUAGCGAGGAGAGUGAGAGCGGCGAGGGAGCGGAGGAGGAGGAGAGCCCCACAGAUCGUCACAGGGAUGCGGACACCGACUCGGUCAACACCAUGGUGGUCCAUGAGGAGGAAGGGGAAGGGGGAGAGGGGGAGCAAGCUGGAGGCUAUGGGGAUCAGACCAUGCUGGUGCAGAGGACGCCAGAGAAGAGGAGCCACAAUGGCUACACCAACCUGCCAGAUGUGGUGCAGCCCUCCCACUCACCCACCGAAUCAGCCACCCACUCAUCACCCGGGAAGGACUCUGUGUAUGAUUAUCAGUCCAGAGGCUUGGUCAAGGCAUCUGGCAAAUCCUCCUUCACCACCUUCGUGGAUCUGGGCAUGUAUCAGUCACCAGGAACCACGGGGGAGAACAUAUCUGUCAGCGGUAUGGGCUCCAGGUUUGAGCAGCUAAAGAUGGAAGUGAGGAAGGGUUCCAUGGUGAAUGUGAACCCCACAAACACGCGUCCUCACAGCGACACACCCGAGAUCCGCAAGUACAAGAAGAGGUUUAACUCCGAGAUCUUGUGUGCUGCCCUCUGGGGUGUGAACUUGCUGGUGGGCACAGAGAAUGGUUUGAAGUUGCUGGACCGUAGUGGCCAAGGCAAGGUCUACCCUCUGAUCAACUCUCGCAGGUUCCAGCAGAUGGACGUCCUGGAAGGCCUGAACCUGCUCAUCACCAUAUCAGGUAAAAAGAACAAGGUGCGCGUAUACUAUCUGGCCUGGCUGAGGAACAAAAUCCUCCACAAUGACCCUGAGGUCGAGAAGAAACAAGGUUGGACUACUGUAGGGGAAAUGGAGGGCUGUGUGCACUACAAAGUGGUGAAAUAUGAGAGGAUAAAGUUCCUGGUGAUUGCUAUGAAGAACGCAGUGGAAGUGUAUGCCUGGGCCCCCAAGCCUUAUCACAAAUUCAUGGCCUUCAAGUCUUUUGGAGACCUCCCUCACAGGCCUCUGCUAGUUGACCUGACAGUGGAGGAAGGUCAGAGGCUGAAGGUCAUCUAUGGCUCCAGUGCCGGUUUCCACGCUAUCGAUGUGGACUCGGGGAACAACUAUGACAUUUAUAUUCCCGUUCAUAUCCAGAGUCAGAUAACACCCCAUGCAAUUGUGUUCCUGCCCAGCUCAGAUGGUAUGGAGAUGCUGUUGUGCUAUGAGGACGAGGGCGUCUAUGUCAACACCUAUGGGCGGAUCAUCAAGGACGUGGUGCUGCAGUGGGGCGAGAUGCCUACUUCUGUUGCCCAUAUCUGCUCCAAUCAGAUAAUGGGCUGGGGAGAAAAGGCCAUUGAGAUCCGCUCUGUGGAGACUGGACACCUGGAUGGAGUCUUCAUGCACAAAAGAGCUCAGAGGCUCAAGUUCCUCUGUGAACGAAAUGACAAGGUGUUUUUUGCAUCUGUGCGGUCUGGAGGCAGCAGCCAGGUGUACUUCAUGACCCUGAACAGAAACUGCAUCAUGAACUGGUGAAGGAGCUGUUCUGGUCAGCGUGGAAUCUACGAGGGUUUGGAGAGAGAGAGAAGUGCACUCAAAUGCUCACCCAAAAAAAAAAAAAAAACAUGCACGCAAAUGCACACACCUUUUGUCUUUUCUCUCUGCCUCCCUCUCACCGACCCAUCCACCCACCCACCCACCAACACACACACUCAAAAUACACAAACACACACACAAUCUCACAUACUAUAAACCCAUUCCCAGCUAACCUUACGAUACGGUUCAUCAUGUGACUCUCACAAAGCCCAGUCCCUGCUGAUAAAUCCCCCCAGAGUUGUCAUGAAACAUCACCAUCAAGCGUCACAUGCUCACACCGCCUCUAAGCAAUUUGUACUGUAUAUACUCGUCUGGAUUUACUCAGUUUGGUGGACCUGUGUUCAGUCAUAACUCCUUAGUUUCUAAUUGUAGAGUGUGUUGAAACAUUCCUCAGUGGUCGUAGAUUUUGAAGGAGACAAUAUUUAUGAACGUGGGAGGAAGUGAGCUGUAAAUAGAUGAAGCCUGAGUCCCAUGCAGACAUGCAGACCUGGUUGUACAGCUUCCGUUCUGAGUGUGGCCAUAGGAAACACAGAUGAGCUAAUAUGACUUGGGCACACUGAGUUGCAGUGGUUCCAGGACCCCAGUUGAUUUGAUUUGGGGUCCUCAAGGGGUUUGGAGCAUGCUGGAGGAGGAAGGUUGUGGCUUCACUACAAAGGAACCAUUAAAGAAAAAACGGGUCAGGACAAGGUAGACCAUUCUCAUCAUCACUAGUUGUCUGUACUAGAUGGCUCUCUGGCCUGAGUGGCCGGCAUUGUGUUUUUUUUCAGCGCUACAUGAUGGCAACUAAGCCUCACAUACUUCAGCACCAGUAUGACAACAAUUUUUAAAACUAAUUCACAAAAUAAUUUCAGAUAUUUGCAAUACUGCAGGCUCAGAAUCAGACCAGAGACAUUCCUGCCUUUGUCUUUUUUUUUCCGUUUCACAUGUAAUUAAGUAAACUCUUUAAAACCGCCAGGGUUGUAUCUAAACCUUUUUUUGUUCUCAUAGAUUUAUGAAAUACAAAGAUUUGCUAUUUGUAUGUAGUGUUUCCGUAUUGGUAUUAACCUACUGAUAUUCUUAAUUUUUCUCUGCUGUAAUGAUAUUGACAUUAUAUUGCAACUUAUGCUAUUCUUGUGGAGUUACUGUUUGAGGAGAGGAGCUCGUAAGUGUGUUUUACAGAAGACACGGUGAUUAAGGGUGUGUUUGCUAAUGGUUUGAGACUGAAGGAGAAUGACGAGAUCAAUAAGAAUUGCAUAAAAUAGGUCUUGUUCAUGAGUGAGGGUAGGAUGGAGCGGGAGGUUGACAAGCGGAUUGGUGCAGCAUCAGCAGUAAUGCGGAUGUUGUACCGGACCGUUGUGGUGAAGAGGGAGCUGAGCCAGAAAGCAAAGCUCUCAAUUUACCAGUCAGUCUUUGUUCCAACCCUCAUCUAUGGUCAUGAGCUUUGGGUAGUGACCGAAAGGGUGAGAUCGCGUAUACAAGCAGCUGAAAUGAAAUCCCUCCGCAGGAUGUCUGGGCUAAGUCUUAGGGUGAGGAGCUCGGACAUCCGGAGGGAGCUUGGAGUAGAGCCGCUGCUCCUUCGCGUCGAAAGGAGCCAGUUGAGGUGGUUCGGGCAUCUGAUUAGGAUGCCUCCUGGGCACUUCCUUUGGCGGUUUUCUGGGCAAAUUCAACUGGGAAGAGACCCCGGGGUAGACCCAGAACUCGCUGGAGGGACUACAUGUCCAAUCUGGCCUGGGAACACCUUGGGAUCCCCCAGGAGGAGCUGGAGGGCGUUGCUGGGGAGAGGGACGUCUGGAGUACCUAGCUUGCUGCCACUGUGACCCGACCCCGGAGAAGUGUCUGAAAAUGAAUGAAUGAAUGAAUGAAUGGAAAAGUUUUGGACAUUUCUGCCCUCCUAGAGAGAUCCACUCUGUAGUGUUUCAGUUUUAUUUAGUUGAUUCCUUGGUGUGGUUUCAUGUGAGAAGACGUUUGUCCAUGGGCAUGUUAUAGAUUAACCGUAGGGGUGAUCACAACUCAUAUUUUUCAUAGGCCAGUGUUCAUCAAGUGUUUUGAUAGUAUGUUCAGACCUGCAGUACCACAACAGAGGAGAUAAUUGUAGUAUCUCAUUAGGCACUUUUGAGAACACGGCUGGAGUAUGUGAUGUAAUAUACUUUUAAAUCUAUUCUUUCCGCCAAAUACUGAUUGAUAGUUUCUGUAGCAGGUGUAGGAAUCU